AUGUCAUUUCAAAUCCCCUUAACAUGUCUCUCGUGAGAAGUCUUGUUGCGUUUGCGUUCGCAUUUUUCGUGGCAGUGAGUCCACUGGAGGCAAAAAAGCGAAAAUCAUCUCCUCCGCACAUUUUGUUUAUGCUUGCUGAUGAUCUCGGGUGGAUCGACGUUGGAUUUCAUGGAUCAAAAAUCAACACUCCAACCAUUGACUCGUUGGCCAAAGAAGGGGUCAUACUCGACAAUUAUUACGUUCAACCUGUUUGUACACCAGCCAGAGGAGCACUUAUGACUGGAAGAUACCCCAUUCACACAGGUAUGGUCAAUGUGCCGCUGUUGCUUUGGUAUUUCGCGUAAAGCACUACUACUUUGGCAUUCCGUGACAAUAACUACAAAAUUCAAUUGACGUAAGGUAACGCUAUCUAUGUUAACCCUCUGAGCCUGACCACCCCCGAGCAAGGUGAAUGAUCUUUUCGGAAAAGGCAUUUUAAUGUUUUUGAGCUUUUGCUUUCGGCUUGGGAUAGGAGAUAAAAAAAGAAAAAUGAUUGCAGUGUAGUAUCGGAUUAGCUUGGCCUGGGCAGGGUACCUUAAAUUUUCUUUUGAUGAUAGUUGGAUAACAUUAGGAGUGUUUCUCAUCCCCCCGAGAAUUCUGUGGCACAGCGAAGAACAUCAACGUUCGUUAAAAAGAAAAAUAUGGAAUUGUUCAAAGGUGUGCGUGAAAAAUUAACCAAAUUUGAAUUUGAAUUUGUCAAUAAAUGGGUCGUUCUGACAAGUGGCACCUUAGAAAGCAAAACAAAGUAUGAGGUCUGCACAAAACAAAUGCUCUAACCUUAGAGCGUAUCACUACCACACCGGAAAAACUGUAAAACAGUCCUUGCGUGGAUUUUGUUUCGUAAACUACUGUUUCAGGGAUCUGAAUAUCAGUAUUUUUGUGCUAAAGCUAUUAAAAAAAAUAAAGAGAACAGCCAUAACCAUAAUGAAUGCAUGCCAUGCAGAAGGGUUCAGAAACCAUGCCAGCCGCUUAACAACAUCACAGCACAGACUUAACCGAAAAUCUCAUUAGUGAUACGUAAAUUUAUGGAUAAUGAGGUCAUUUAGGUGUGCACGUACCUUCCUAAUUUAUAAUACUAGAAUUUGGCAUGACAACAGGAUUGUAAAUCAGGUUAUAAAACGUGGUAUAUGAUACUAUUUGUACCAGUAACACAAUAUGCUUCGGCGUGACUUUGUCAAGAGGUCAUAAUGUUCAAUAAAUGUACAAACUGAAAGAUUGGCCUCUGUUUUACAUUUUGCCAAAUCGCCUUGGGGAGCGUUGCGAGUCAUCCCAGGGUUCCUGGUCAUCCCAAAGAAGGAAUGAAAAGCGGAAAGACAACCACGCCCCUGUUUUUGUUUACAUACGAGCAACAGCAGGAAAAAUCAUUCAUAUUACAAGAGUCGAGGAGAAGCGUCACACAUGCCAAGAAUAAAUCCACCGUGCCACACGUUGUUGUUCUUGAAAUAAAAACGUACAGAGUUUCUAAAGGAGGGCCUUUCCGCACUAGCGACAGAGUUAUUAAUUCAGACAAAUUUUCUGUUAUCACCAACAUUUUACACGUUGGCGUCACGCGUCAUGUUUUACACGUCAGCGCCUGAUGUUUGACAACAUCAGGCGCUAACGGAAUUUGACGGCUUUGAGGUAGUCAGACGAAACAAAAAUUUGUCCUUUUAUUUUGUCGGGACAAUUCUAGUUUUGUCUGCUAGUGCGGAAAGGCCUUAAGUUUCAAGAAGAGAAUAGAGAAAGCCCACACCAAGUUCAAGAGAAACAUAUUUCGGAGGUAUAUGCUCCGGUAGAGAACGGUCACUUAAAAACGAAGAAAAUAGCAGGAAAUAGCAGGCAGAAUAUUGUCUUUUGUAACACAAUAACAUCAUCAGGCUUUAACUAACUUUCAGAGCAUACGGGUUUGGAGAUGGCACCUCAUUCAAAACCGACCACACUUAAGAGCAAUAUUUAUGGAACCAGCCCUAUUAUCGUAUCGCAAGGAAGAGUCCCUUAAAGAUAUCCUUGCCAGAGCUAGAUUGUAAAUUCGCUUGCGAUCGGUAGGAGUCGUUCAGUCCACGGUCAACACUCAUCAUUCGUUUCGUGUGACUGGCACCACGCACGAAGCUCGUCGACGCUUUGAUGCUGCAAAAUCUCUACAAAUUGGAUAUUAGUUAGACAUUUGAUGCCAAGACUAUCCUUCCUGUCAUUCCACAGGUUGAAAGUGGACUCUCGAAGCAGAAUCCUUUUUAUCUGCCCCAUGGCUUUAGGCCUUCCACGUAAUAGAAGGCGAGAUGCUAUCUACGGUCCCAGUUACAAACAAAACUUUCUUGAGAAAAUUUCUAGAAGCCACAAAAAUAACUACUCAAAAUAAAACCAUUGAUAAUUUAGGAGGAAUAUCACAACAAUUUAAUAUUUCAAUGUAUUUAAAUCGCUCGGAUGCACUUGGAUGAUAGGCGUCACAGUGGAAACUUCACGAUUUUUUUAAAAUUUAAAUGGUAUUGAAAAAAGCAGGCGAAGCGCGCAACGUCUUGUGGUUGACUAGGAUCCUUUGAGGACCUUUAAAGGGUAACUUUAAAGAAACUGUGGUGCUGCGUCGCUGAGAGUUAUAAGAAGAGAUUUUGGUUCUAUCAAAUAAGUCGAUGAUUAAAUUGGCCACCGUAAAGAGUUUCUUAACCUGAUGUUUUUAGCGUCAGCCCUUAAUUCGUCCGUGCAAAACAACAGUGCAAAGGAGACCAGUGUGAGAGCCGGCUGCAGAUAGAAAUCACUUUAGCACUGAGCCAGUAGUUGGUCUAUUUACCCGCCAAAUCAUAAGUAAACGGGGAGUGUGCAUCAUGAUUAGCUUAUAUGUUAUCAGAUCAUUUACUUUUUUUAUCCGACUCUUGCAGGACUUCAGCAUGAAGUGGUUCACCCCACAAAUCCAUUUGGAUUGCCAUUAGAUUUUCAGACCCUUCCAGAACAGCUAAAGAAAGUUGGUAAGCCACAGCCUUCCAAGAUUCCGGCCCUUCAAUUAAAAGAAGAAAAGAUUUUUUAAUUCCAAUGAUAUUUAUUCUAAACAACAAUUUUUUGUAAGAAAGAAGCCCUUCACACCAAACCGUAAAAGCUGAUCAACUUAAAUGGGCGCCUUGCCCGACACCCAUUUCGCGUUGCUUUCUGUCUAUGCUCUUCUCUAUGAUUAUGGCGUUUUGUUUAUACCUCAUUCUGCGCAAAUAAAUCUUCAAAAUACUUCAGUAAUUCAAUUUACAAAUGGGUUGUAUUUCUUAAAUUUUUUCUAUCAGGUUACGCGACUCAUUUGGUUGGCAAGUGGCAUCUUGGUUUCUACAAAUGGCCUUAUGUUCCAACCAACCGUGGAUUUGACUCCGCUUAUGGAUUCUGGGAUGGUGCUGAAGAUCAUUAUGAUCACACGCGUGACAAAGUGGUUGAUUUUCGCAACGGAACCGAACCUAUUUUAGACCUGAACGGAAAAUAUGCAACAUUCGAAUAUGUCAAGGUCUAAUAGUUAAUAUUCCCACGUAAUUAUGGUUUAUAACGCAUCAUUUGUUAGACUUAGGCGGUAAAUUACGAUUAGUCGAUGCAAAGACCCGUCGUGGAGGACGGUGAAGUCUAUAAUGCCAUAUCUUCUCACGGCCCCUAUGACAUAAAUCAACUAUGAGUUUGAUUCUCCUAUCAAACGGGGUUCGAAUUCAUCGACGAUAACCUCCCAGUAUAGCGUUUCAGACUUCCCACAAAGUUUGCUACGGCCUAAUUAAAGUUAUACGCUUUUCGUGACGCUAGCACUUCUACAAAGAAACUCCUUCUCUCCUACCUACAUCCUGAAUGCAUAUUUUAUCUUAUACUUUUCUCAAAAGAUAUUGCAAUACUAGGGCUACGAUGAACUGUGUUAUGUCCGUAAUGAGUAUUUCACGGUUGUUUUUAUUUUAUGAUUCCAUCAGAGGAUAGAGGAGAUUUUGGAUCAACAUGACCCAAAACAGCCCCUGUUCCUCUACAUGGCCUUCCAGAAUGUUCAUAAUCCCAUCCAGGCACCAGACCAGUAUGUGGACAAAUUCUCGUUUAUUCAUCAAAAGAUGCGCCGAGUGCAUGCUGGAAUGGUCGCUGUACUGGACGAAGCUGUUGGCAACAUCACGAAAAUGUUUAAAAAGAAAGGGUGAGUUUCGUAUCAGUUUCCUUGAAGGUUUCAUAUUUUGAUUCUAUUGUGAGCUUGAGCGGCCAUUAUCCUAGAUUCGUGCUAUCACAGUGCUGGGCAAGACUCUUAUUACACGAGGAUCUCUUUGGGUUUUCUAUGUGCAAAGUUUACGGCAGCCGUGAUAACUCUGUUGAUUUGAAGGGUGAAUACAAGCGUUUGUGAUCUUCAUUGUUCUCGUCCAGGCUAUGGGAGAACACUUUAACAGUCUUCAGCACUGAUAAUGGUGGAGAACCUACGUAUGGCGGAUAUAACUGGCCUCUUAGAGGAACAAAACAUACCUUAUGGGAGGGAGGAGUGAGAGGUGCUGCUUUUGUCCACGGAAAAAUGUUAGAAAAGACCGGCGUGAAAUGCGAAGGACUUCUACACAUCAGCGACUUCUUUCCUACUCUCAUCAACCUCGCAGGUAUGGUUAUCUAUGACUUCAUUUCCACUUCUCUGAUUAUCCCUCACUUGAAGGUGUGUCUUUUUCCAUUUAGUUUUGAAGAUUUUUAAGAAAACUAACUUUGUAAAGAGUUAGUCCGUGGAAAUAAGACUCUCGAGCAAACAUCUCGUAUGGAACAUAAUCCAGAAAGGCAAGAGUUAUCCAUUAAGUUACAAACGUAGCGAGAAAUGGAGUGAAUAUCAUAAUUGAACAUCUUUCGUCAUAAUGUUUGUUAGAUUUGUUUACUUUACUCUUUCAGAGAAUUAGUCGUAAUACCUGAGAGUUAAUUUAGUAAAUAGUGUUGUGGCCUCAUUUCUUCUUCCCUUUCUCCUCUAUUGCCUUGUCUUUCAUGUGUUUGUUUGUGACAACUUUAUAAAUAAUAUUCUUAUCAUUCUGGUUUGACCACAGGUGGUUCGUACGAUGCAAAACAUCCCAUCCCCAUUGAUGGCUUUGAUGUGUGGAGCACUUUGUCACGUGGAGAAGCUUCACCUCGAACAGAAAUCUUGCUUAAUAUCGAUAAUCCGCCAUCUGGGACAAGUAAAAUGUUGGGAGUCAACUGGCAAGGAAUGGCUCUUCGGAAGGGAAGCAUGAAGCUUUUGAUGAAUGUUAAAAAUAUCACCUGGUUUAAACCACCCGAGCUGGGCGGAGUUCCAGUUGAUGUUCUUUUGUCUAAAGGGUUUCUUAAAGAGGAGACAAAUGAAGAGAUUCUGGAGCAGUUGAGGAUCUAUUACAUGGUCAGUGCUGUAAUAUUUGAAUCGUUUUUCCCUCACCAGUACCUCGAAAUCACUACCUGAAUUACAAUAGCAAUACGUAAUCAACCCUCAAAUAUAUUUAUGCAAAUCACUCCGUAUACCAGAACUUCUACAUCGAAUCAUUAUUAAAAGUUUAUAUAUGUCCAGUUCUUUAUGUUGGAAUCUUACAGGGAAAUGCGGACCUUUUGGACGUUGUACUUUAUAACAUCACAGCUGAUCCCGAAGAGCGACACGACCUCAGCACCGAGUUACCUGAUGUUCUGAAGGAGAUGAAAGAUAGAAUGAAUUAUUACCUAAACACUGCAGUUCCUGCCGCCUUCAAACCUGCUGACCCAAAUGCACUAAAAGAGGCUCGUAAGCAUGGCAUUUGGGGACCGUGGAUGUAGAUCGGAGCUGGUCGCAUCAAGCACGUCGAGAGUAAAGAGAGAGAAAACUGUUUUAUUCAAAUAGGUAUUUUACAUUUGUAGAGUAUCAAAGGCAAACGUUGUUUUUCGUUACAGUUUUAUUAAUUCCAAGUCACUUUGUGAAUGGUAUCCCUAGUUUUACAAGCCAUUACAUCGUUAAUAGCACAAGUGAGUGAGUUUUAGCCUCUGAUUUUUAAUAGCAUGU